AGUGAUACUGUUGCUCGCAUUAUGUACAUACGAUGGCAUGGGCGACGCCGCCACUGCCACCACCGCCGCCGCCGCCGGCAAUUGUACUAAAUCUCGUGUUUUAUUGUCACUGAUAAUAGCCAUUAUGAGGAUAAUGCGAAUUCGGGCAUAAUUUAUCAGAGAACUGAGGCAAAACAAAGGAAAAAGUGUUUCCUUGUUUUACAAAGUGGAUAGAUGGAUAUACGAUUCACGAGCAACGCGGUCUCUUUGCUAUGUGCGACUGCGACGAGAGACACAAACAAAUUCAAAUAGUGAAAUGUAAUUAAUUACAUUGCCAAAGGAAAAGAAACGUGCCCAGAAUAAAUACACAAUGGAUGAAUAUGACCAAAAGCUACAAUUUGUGGAAAAAUUUUAAUAUCAGUGUUAUUUAAAAUAUAACGCUUCUCAGCCAAAGGCUAUUAAAAUCAUACACAUAAAGUGCAUGUUUUUACACGCAAAAAAUAUUCAAAGUCUUUUGGGAAAAAUUAAUUAAAAAUGUGUGCAUUGUAGUAUGUGUGCUUAUUAAAAACCUCAGAGAAUAAUAAAUAAUUAAAUAAUAAAUAACUGAGUAAUGCAUUGUGAAAUUUCAAACUCUUUUUUUCAACAGCAAUAGCAGAAACCAUAGUAAACAGAAUCUCGUUUUUCGCUAUAAAUUGAAACUGAACUUCAUACCGUUGCGUUUCGGUUACCAACACAAGUGUGCCCUAACCCAAAGAAACCAUAGACUUCCGGUUGACCACUUUGCUGGAGACGUGACAAUGGACUGCAUUUAAGGAUAAAACAGAAAUGGAUUCCAGCAACACCUUAACUUCCACAACUUGGUGACAACGUGUCAACUAUACAAAGGUUUCAACGCUUCUCUUAAAGCAACACCCAGAAAAAAGAAGAUUCUUUAAAUUGUUAAGAAACCCCGCGAAAAAAAACCAAAUAUAAUAAAAAAGUAAGGCAACACAAAUAAUACUUUGCCGAAAGCAGUUUCAAAAAGGAAAAUAUACAACGGAAAAACCAAAACAAAAAAACGAAAUGAAGUGAAGUGAAGUAAAGACAAGGCGCACACGGCAAGGAAAGUCUGUGGGUGUAGCACUGUAAAGUGAAGUGUAGACAUAUAUCAUAUCAACUAUUAUCGCACAACACCCAGACACAACCCUCAAGAAGCUGUGAAGGCAAAAUGUUUUGGAUUUUACGACGCACUGGGGCAGCGAACUUUUUCAAUUCGCUGAAUAACAAUUGCAGCACAUCCAAAGGACCCAGCGGCAGCCAAACAACUAUGGACAAAUACGUCAAAAGACCACCGCGUAAGGCGUAUGGCCGCUUGAGUGCUGACUCCGAUGAUGGGGCUUCGGCGAAACACAAAAUUGAUGAUCCUUUCGAGGACAUCGAUAAUUUCGAAAUGAUAACACCCUCCAAUAAUGGCAAUGGCGGCCUCGCCACAACAACAUCAAAUGGAUGCCACCUUCAUCAUCGUAGCCAUAAUUCAGCAACAAAUGGAGACGAUGGAGGUGGUGGUGGUGGUGGUGGAAGUGGAAGUGGAGGAGGUGGUUUGGACGGCCUAGGUGGAUGUACUGGUGUUAACUGUGAUGUUGUUGAUGAUGGCGGCGAUUGCAGCCUUUGUGGUAAUAAUUUACAAAACUCCUGCCUCGAGGGCCCAAACAGCAAUGGAAACGGUGUCGAUGGCGGUCACUGUACCGCGGCUGAUUGUCAAGGAAAUUAUGCCGACAGCAAUUUAUGCCAAUUCAAUGUGAACAACGUCUGUCCCGGUGGUCGAAGUGGUGGCGGAGGCACCAGUGCUGUUAUGACAUCAAAUGGAAUUUUAAAAGUAACCUCAACAACUACGUCUUCGUCCCGUCUCAGUUCCAAGGAGGUCAAUGAAAACACAAUAAACCGAUUACAAUCCAUGGCAAUGUCUGAUGACGAUGACUAUGAUGAAUCACUUACCUGUAACGUUUGCGAUAGGGCAUUCCAUUGCCACCGGCAACUGGCAUCACAUCAGCAAAAGAAGCGACAUUUCGGGUGUGGCGGAUGUGAUAGUUUGUUUCCCUCCCUUAUGCUGUUGGAACAUCACAAAGAGGAAUUUGAACAUUGGAGUGAUGAUGAGAUAAGUCGAAGAAUUUGCUGUCGUCGCAAUCGAGGUGAUGACUAUUUUACGGAUACGGAUUCCUUCACAAGCGAAGCUGAAAGUGAAGAUUUAGAAAGGCUGUUAUAAAUUUACCCAUACAAAGUGGUACAAAUUGAAUAAAAAAUAUAUUUAGAAAGAAAAAAGCGCUCACAUACAUACUCUCACAAUGAAAUCAUAUCCUUGUCUUAACUACAACCUCAUAGCUGAAGAUGCAUGUAGCUCCUUCGCACAUAUCGGAACAUGAAUAAAUGUUUUCUUCUUUUUUAAUUAAGAAAAAUAAUAAACCAAACUUGAGGCAGAGAAGUGGAUGCAGUCACAGUCUCUUGUAUGUAAAUGAAAGAAAAUCGUGUGCUUGCUUCAUUAUUAUCUCUUAAUGACUAGAAUCUUCCCAAAAUAUAAUGACGAUGGCGAGAACGUUGGUGAUUGCGAUGACGAGCUGAGAAUACUACAGAAAUAGUUCCACAACACUUUUGAUAAGAGUAAGAUUUAAGACAAAAUGUAUGAUAAUUAAUAGAUAUGUAAGUAAAUUGUACAAAAGAGGUUUGCAAACCAAAGUUUCGAUUAAAGUCUCUGAGUUAGUGAGAAAAUUGUAAUUCAAUUUCGGUUUAAACUAUUUAUUUAUAAACUAAAAAGAAAAAAUUUUUGAUAAUUCUUAAAAUAUUCCUUGCAGUACUUUGGAGUAUGACGAAAACUUUCUUAAUUUCUUAUUUAAACUCGUUUCAAUAUUUAAAGUAUAAUAAUUCUCGUUUUUAGUGAACAUGGUACAGCUGCAGGAAAAAAAAUUUUAGUUUGAUAUAUUCAGUUUAAGUCUUGAACUGUCGUAUCUAAAUACAAGUAAGAGCGAGCUAAAGUCGGACAAAGCUGGCUUUUUGACAACCUACACCAUAUUAAGUGUCCAGGCCAGGUCGUCGAAAUUGAAAUUUUUUAAAAUUUGAAACGAAGAGUUAGGACCAAAAUCCGUACAUACUGGGGGGGACUCAUAGAGAGAAUAUCUGAUCGAAUAAUAAAAGCGCUUGUCAAGGCCCUAAAUGUAAAUCUGAGAAAAGUUUACAAAUUACCAUAUUAUUGCAAUAAGGACGACCAUAAAUGUAUAUGGAAACUAUAUUCAAAUCUGAACCGAUUUUUUCAGCUUCAAUAGAAUUUGUCUCCAAGCCAAAAGAGAUGACUGCACCAAAUUUGAAGAUGAUCGGUUAAAAAGUGUAACAUGUAACUUGUACAUAAAUCAACAUGUAAAACCGAAUCUGAAAGUGAUUCUGAUGCCCACCAUCAUGGAUAUACACCUUGUCCAAAUUCCAUCAACAUUCGGAUGAUUCUUUAGUGUAUUCCACUUA